CACUAUUUUCGUUGCCAGACAUAACGCUAGCUCCACCAUCAUCAUCAUCCUCAUCACCACCUCCAUCAUCAUCGCCACAGGUUGGUGUGAACAUCUUUGUCAUACAUAAGGAGCAUAGUUUCUUCGUCGGCGUCGUCGGACGACAAAAGGGGGCGGGCGAGCGGAAGCCGUAAUAAGAUGAAGAAACGUUAUGCGGACGCGAGCAGGCUGCGGAAGAUGAAGAAGCUGAAGAUAGGCGAGAGGCUGUCGGAGAGUGCAUACACCUUCCUGAAGUUUAUGGCCAUGUGGAUGUUGGUGCUGUUGGCGGAUUUCAUCCUUGAAUUCCGUCUGGAAUACCUGUGGCCAUGCUGGCUCUUCUUUGGGAGCGUCUACACUACUUUCCACUGCCACGGGCUGGUUAUUUGUGCUGUUUUUGUUUGUGCCGCCUUCACCCUUGACGUCUUUUGUUUGAUUUUCGUUCCGUUGCACUGGCUCUUCUUUGUGGCCAGCACCUACGUCGUAUUCAAUUACAUCUGGCACACAGAGAAGGGCAUCUGCAUAUCCACAGUGUCCUUGUGGAUUCUUCUCGUGUACACGGAGGCUUCGCUUCGGCUCAAAGACCUUAAAAGCUCACACGCGAACCUCUCUCAUCUCUUUGCUGCUCACUGCAUCGGAUAUCCCGUGGUAUAUCUGGGCUUUGACGCCACCUGCUACUUCACCAACAUCUUCAAGCUGCACAUACAGAAAGCCGUGCAGAGCGACAACAACUUCCACAUGCACCUGCUGCAGGACUCGCUCCCGCCAGGUCUGCCGCUUUACCCCAAGAUGGCAGCUGACAAUUGCCACUCUAAAUGGAAGACCAAGGCUGAGUCCAGUCAGUAUCAGUGCCCAAACGGCGCUGUUCUAGUUGCCGAUGAGUCCCACACCACAGGCUGCCUCCAGAUUGCUAGCGAGGAGAAACCGAUUGAGAAAGCCGCCCCAGAAAUCAGGUCAGCUGACUUGAGCCGGAAGCCAUUGUCGUUCAAAAACUGCUCAGGCGAGUCCAGAGAGCAGGUCCCUGGCGGGACACUGGGACCAGAAUCCUCUGUAACCCUAGAGAAACUACCUCAGGAGGAGCAGUGCAGCAAAGCCCCCCGGGCAGCGAAGAACUCCUCGCCAAAGGCCCGUGGGACCAACGCCACGCCUUCGCCCCCUGCUGGCAGGGCGGAGAAGAAACAACGAGGCAACUGGAAGACAGUCAGCCCAAACCAGGACGCAGCAGACAAAAACGCCACAUCGGCUCAGAAUCAGCACGCUGAGCAGUUAAGCAGGCUGGAGCAGGAGGUGAGGAAGCUCAGGGGUGAGCUGCAGGUGAGCCGUCACAGCGAGCAAGAACUGCGCAGUCAUGUCUGCAACCUGACCAACAGCGAGAGGAGCCUGAGGCCUGAAGUGUCUCUGCUGAGACAGUCCAACAUGCUGAUGCAGAGCAAGAUCCUGUGUUUGACAAAAACCAAGCAGCGGGACAAGCAGACCAGCGCCAUGCUGGAGAAGAAGACGCGAGCCGAGACGGAGGCCAGACUGUCGGUGGAGAGGCUGCUGGUGGAGCUUCAGGCGCACAAACCAGACGAAGCGGCGAGGAGUCUGACCAGCAGACAGGAGAGCACUGAAAGCCAAAUGUUAAGGAAAAGAGUAAAAGAUCUAGAGACAGAAUACAAACAACUACAGCUGGAGGGUCAAGUCAAAGAGAGUCGAGUGGUAGAUCUAGAAAAUGAUGUGGAGGCUUUGGGAAAGUACCGCUGCGUGGAAAAGGACACGGACCUGCUGCUGUCCACGCUCUCUAUCCUGCAGGAGAAGGCUCAGCAUCUGGAGUACAAUCUGAGCGCGGAGACGCGCAUCAAGCUGGACCUGUUCUCAGCGCUGGGAGACGCUCGCAGACAGCUGGAGAUCGCCCAAGGUAAGCUGAUGAAAAUGGAACAGGAAAUCCGCAACAUGAAGCAGAAGAUCGCUGAGGUGAUGGCUGUCAGCCCCGCCGUGUCCUACCUGGCUCCUCGGCCCGCCGUGCCGCAGUAUCUCACCAAGCUGCUCACCUCAGAGCGCUACAUGCUCAACCCACGAGCCCUCAUGUACCAGUGUCUGAAAAAGUAGACAUGUGUGAGAGGAGCUUGACGUGGAAGUGACAUCACCGUGUUGGCGGCUUCCAGCCGUAUACUUACAGACCUCAAGACAGCUUCCACGCGUCACUGCGCCUUUUUGCUGCGCGACUGGUGCUAACCAUUAAUGUACUACACCACACAUUUUCAAUGACAAUAGCCCAUAAUUGGAUAAUUGUGAAUCAUAUAAAUACAAUCCAAACAUGGAUUUAUUUAGUUGCUUUGCUUUUAAAAAAGACUAACAUAACUGAAAAAAACUAACAAAAAAAACAUGUAUCUCCACAUUUAGUUGGAAAAAAUUAUGUUUUUAAUUUUUCUAAAAUCCCAAACAAAACUAAAAAAUAUAACUUAAUGUUUAUAUUUAUUUUAUGUUAAUAAACAGUAUUAUUUAAAUGCAUAUUAUAAUAAUAAAUUGUAUUAUUAUACAAUAUAUUGUAUAGAUUACAUUACUAUAAUUACAUUUUUAAAUAAUAAUUAUUUUUACUAUUUAUUGUAUUCAAAUUUUUUGAAAAAAAACAAUUAAGUGUUUUGCAUCUAAAGCCCCCUAGCAAAAAUGUUAUCAAGAUUCACUUUAAUAUUUUUUUAUUAGUUAUUAUAAAAAAUUGUAGCAUAUUAUUGCCAUUUAUCUUUUUGGGUAAUUUGUUUAAGUACUUUUUAAUCCAUUCAAUUCCAGCACAAAUGUUAUUAAAUAUAAUUCAAUAUUUAUGUUUGUUAUUAAAUAUUUUGGUAUAUCAUUGCUAUGUAUUCUAUUAUUGUUUUAGUAAAAAAAUAAAAAUAAAUUAAGUAUUUUUAAUGAUUAAAACAGGAAAACAAAUUAAAUUUUAAUUUAAUUGAAAACAAGGGAAAAAUGCUUUGUUUAUGAGAUUCUUUUUUAUAAUGUGAGUUUCAAAAAAUAAACAGUGCUUGUAAUUCAUUUAGUAAAAAAGUAACAUUGUUAAAGAUACAUAUUUUUUGUUUUUCAGAUGGAAAUUAAAUUGCAGAUAUUUAAAAAAGUUGUGAUUUUUCAAAAAGAAAAAUAAAUCAAAAAUAUACUUUUUGGGGGGGGGGGUGAUAGAAAUCCUCAAAGUUUGAUUUGUAAAAAAAAAAAACUACACAAAAAAACUAAUC